UUUGAGUUUCUCUUUUUGCUUUUCAACCGUGAAAUCACGAACUUGAUAAACCAAAAGCUGCCCUAAGUUUCGGGGAACCCCUUUUGGAGGGCACUCUCUAUAUUCAUUCCUUAUUUAUUGUAUUUCUGUUUCGUUAUUAUCACUCGUUCCUUCCUUCCUUCCUUCCUUCCACAUUUUGCAUUGGUGAAGCACCACACCCUUUACUAUAAAUAAGCAACACCACCUUUCUCUGAUCCACCUUAAUUCCACGCAUCAUUUUCUUUCCUCAAUCACAAUAACACAACCUCUUUUCGCCUCUCUCCCUACCGUUACAACAACAUCAUGGGUUCCUCACCGAAUUCAAAGCCUAAGAUCGUUAGAGGCACCGCAGGUUAUGUCUUGGAAGAUGUUCCACAUAUGGCUGAUUACAUCCCUGACUUGCCAACAUAUACUAAUCCUUUGCAGAUCAAUCCUGCUUACUCAGUUGUCAAGCAGUAUUUCGUUCACGUCGAUGAUAGUGUUCCGCAGAAGAUAAUUGCUAAUAAAGAUAGUCCAAGAGGUGUACAUUUUCGGCGUGCCGGACCUCGUCAAAAGGUGUAUUUCGACUCAGAUGAUGUUCAGGCUGCAAUUGUGACAUGUGGUGGUCUAUGUCCUGGGCUAAACACCGUGAUUAGGGAACUAGUAUGUGCACUAUAUCACAUGUAUGGUGUCAAGAAAAUUUUGGGAAUCAAUGGAGGAUACAAGGGUUUCUAUGCUCACAAUACUAUAGCUCUAACUCCUAAAAGCGUGAAUGAUAUACACAAGCGUGGGGGAACUAUCCUUGGUUCAUCAAGAGGUGGACAUGACACCACUAAGAUAGUUGACAGUAUUCAAGAUCGGGGAAUUAAUCAGGUUUACAUAAUUGGGGGAGAUGGUACUCAGAGAGGUGCAGAUAGGAUUUUUGAGGAAAUUAGAAGGCGACAUCUUAAAGUUGCAGUUGUAGGAAUCCCGAAAACCAUAGAUAAUGACAUCCCGGUUAUUGAUAAGUCCUUCGGCUUUGACACAGCUGUUGAGGAGGCUCAACGCGCUAUAAAUGCAGCACAUGUUGAGGCUGAAAGUGGUGAAAAUGGCAUAGGUGUUGUCAAGCUGAUGGGCCGGUAUAGCGGGUUUAUUGCAAUGUAUGCUACUCUGGCCAGUAGGGAUGUGGACUGUUGCUUGAUUCCAGAGUCACCCUUCCACCUUGAAGGUCCAGGAGGACUUUUUGAGUUUGUAGAGAGAAGACUGAAAGAAAAUGGCCACAUGGUUAUUGUGAUUGCUGAAGGGGCAGGACAGGAACUUGUUUCUGAGAGCAUGCAAUCCUUGCAGAAACAGGAUGCUUCUGGCAACAAACUUCUCCAAGAUGUCGGGCUAUGGAUAUCCCAAAAGAUAAAGGAACAUUUUUCCAGGCUGAAGAUAAUGCACAUAAAUCUGAAAUAUAUAGAUCCAACAUAUAUGAUCCGAGCUGUUCCAAGCAAUGCUUCUGACAACGUGUACUGCACUCUUCUUGCUCAAAGUGCUGUUCAUGGAGCCAUGGCCGGUUACACUGGCUUUACCAGUGGGCUUGUCAAUGGAAGGCAAACGUACAUACCCUUUUAUAGAAUCAUCGAGGGCCAGAACAAAGUAGUGAUAACUGAUAGAAUGUGGGCAAGGCUUUUGUCUUCAACAAAUCAACCCAGCUUUACGGUUUCCAAGAUUGCCGCUGAAGAAAAGAGGGAAGAGGAACCAACCGGGGAGCAGCAGUAAGACCAUUCGUUCAAAUAACCAUUUGGCUCAGAAAGAAGUCAACAACAUUUUUCACCUGCUAUGUACAUCAUGUUACUAUAUUCGUUUCCUGUUUCAUAUCUUGCAUUGUAAGUAGAACAUAUUUGAGUUUUCUUUUUCCUCUUCCAUGUCCAAAAAAAGAUGGCCGUGGAAAGCUUGAAUAUAUUCAUUGUAUUAUUCUUUUAUUAUGCAUUGUAAUUAGAAUAUAUCCUAAGUCCCAACGAAUAAUGUGGUGGUUAUUUUUACAAGUAGUUCAUA